GGCCUCGAGUACCCGCGAAGUAAUCGCGGCGGUGAAGUACUGCUUAGAUAUAACCUUGAGCGGAUCUUUUACGCACUUCUUACUCGUUUUACUUCUUUGAGGUGCUCCGAUCGAUACCAACAACGAGCCAUGGUCGAGUGUCUGAAGCGGAGCUAUAAACCGUGCGCUGGGUUUAAAACCCGAUAAAACGGAAGUGGAGAGAUUUCUGUUCUCGCUGUUUCUUUUUAAACAAUCGAUGUUUCAUCCGCGAGUUGUUUUAUUCUCUUUGCAGUUUGCGAAGCGAACUACCGUAAUUAUGUGUGCGCGCUGCUUGGACACGAGAUCGUUAUAUCUCCACUGGCAUGGAGCUAGGAGCGCACUGAUAGCGUUAGUUUACGAGAUCUUGGUUUCUAUGCAUUGCCUGCCAAAGAAGAACUGAGCCCAAUGUUUCCACACAAUUCUAGUUCACAUGAGAUUUCUACAGAAACAAAUGCCUUCGUACAAAAUUCCAUGGGGGAUGUAGUAGUAUUAGGGGAAAGCAGUCUGCGGGUAGUAAGGUUGUGGGAAAGGGAAGGAUCAGAGCACACUAGGUACUGUGAUAUCGAAUCCACAAACAGCAGCAUGAUGGCAGCACCUAUUAGCCAUCCCGAAGCUACCGCCGCCAAUGACUUUUCAACCGUCCUGCCGAACCAAGCUGGUGAGUUCUACUCAAACAGCAAAGGUAAGGCCUGCCAGUCAGUGGCGCCAGCAACCACAAAAUACCCAACAAAUCACCUUCUAAUCUGCGAUAAUAAUAAUAAAAUAAAUAAUCACAACAAUGCAGAACAUAAUCAUCACAAGUACAGAAAGCAAAACACACCGGGCUUGCUUGGUCUGCAGCUGGGCAGCUCCGCCAAUAACUCUAAGUCUAUUUGUAAGGCGUUAAGUGAUAAUAAGAUUAGCUUUAGCCAUCUUAACAUUAGGGUACUAAGUAUAAGUGUAAAUCUACAAGUUAUAAGGGACGAAGCGUUUCGCGCCGUUGGGGUACCUAGCCUAGUUAGGAUACCCAAGUCUGAUAGUCCCCAACGGUUGUUGCGCCACCCUAACUCGAUCGACAAUUACUCCUUACUAGGGUCCUGCCUUGAAUCAGGCGACAACAAUAAAUAUAAGGUUAAUUUUAGUUAUAUAAGUAAUAACAAGUUCAAGUCUGUGAUAUUGCUCAGCUCAACCAGUUACAGUAACCAUUACCUCCUGUUUAGUGGUGGCUUUGACAAGAUAGCUGCUGUUAUCCUGGUACUUUGUAUUAAAAGGGACGAUACCACCACCACAUCGAAUAGAAUGAAACUACUAGGUGAUAAGUACGCCCUAGUUACCAGUUUUGCUCAGACCUCCAGACUGCUUGCAAACGAUACGAUUCUGGAUGAUGAUAACUCUGACAUCCGAGUCUCGCUGAGCCGCCGAAUAGCGCGACACCUCUCGCAGACGCAUUUCAAUGGCGACGCUCCGCGUUCGGUGUCGGUCUACGCUCAGAAUUUCGCCGCCAGUUCUUCCAUUACGCUUAUCGUUUCCAGAAACGAAGUAAUUGACCACACUUUGCGAUCUUUCCUGAAAAAUCUCACGCAACUAUAUGUACAAUCUUCUAUUUCUCCAUUAUGUAAUGUCACUGUGACCGAGCUGAUGCAACACAUAUGUGUUCCAAUAUUAAUAACGUGUAAAAAUAAUGAUGAUUACAAGGUUCGUAAUAAGUAUAAUGAAUAUUAUUAUUAUAACGGUUACAGUAACGUUGGUAGUAUUGAAGAAGAAAUUAAUAUUAGUAAUAAUAACCCAGAUGUUAUCCGAGACAUUGUUGACAUCGCCGUGUGCUACAAGACUAGUGUAAUACCUACUAAUGUUAGGAUUUUAGGGUCUCAAAAGGAUCGUAUUAGUUGUACCGAAGCAACAAUAUUUACUGUUGGUGCUCUUUUGUUUCAGGAUAACAAUAAGCCUUUCAACACUUGUUUUAAGAUUAGUCAGUAUAGGGAAUUGGUCGCUACCAAUCGCGAAUCUAACUCUAUCAUUAAGUCUGUAUCUAGGUCUACGCUAAGCGAUAAGUGUAGUAAUAUUAAGUUAGAAACAUCUCACGCCGCUCGACUUGACGAAUCUGACAACAGAAAGCAAGUUAAGUUGACUGUCAACAUUCCUAUAAUGACUACCUGCAAGCCUACGAUGACGCUUACAUGCCAAUCAGCCACCGUCGCAUCCCAAACAAUUGUUGUACCUGUAUCUCGGGCGGAGAGUCGCACGAACGACAAUGAAAUGCGAUUGGAAUAUUUCAAUAUACUCCAAAAUGACCAAAUAUCUAUCCAGUCUAUGCUAAGUCAUACCACUGAUGAUCUUAAUAAGAAUGACUCGCGUCAUUAUGACGCGACUAAAUUUAAAGACGCGCAAAAUUAUGCUAUUGACCAGCUCAAGGCUACUACAACAUCGAAAGAUGACGCUCAGUUGACCUGCGAGAAUAAGCGAGAUGCUCUUCAUCAUUUCGACCAAAAUCGUACCAACCAUCACGAUCACGAUAACGCCAUUAUAUGCAACAGCAACGAAGAACCCAUUAUACCGUGCGGGUUGCAAUGGUCAACCUUUGUCAAGUGUGUGCCACCGUUCCUUCGUUAUUAUCGAAGAGCAAACGAAGAGACUAACGAGUGCAAACCUCCUCGACUGCACCAAUUAAAAUACAUGUUGGAGCUCCUGGCUCGGAAGCAGUCUCAAAAGUGUAAUGAGCCUAUCGCGAGUUAUAAGCAGCGUUGGGGUAUACCAAUGACAGUGCGAUUGGUAGGAGGCGGAGAGAGUUCCUUGAACAGCGGGGGAGCUACCAAUUGGGGAACCACGCAAACUACUACGUCGAAUAACAAUAACGCAAAUCAGAGUGGAUGGGGCGGUACACCGGGAAAUCCAUCCGGUGCCGCUAAUGCACCGAAUAAUUGGGGCGGCAAUACUGUCAAUCGAUCCGUCGCAGGAAAUCCAAAUCAAAAUCAAAAUCAAGGCCCACCUGGAAGCCAAAAUACUCCAGGUAACGUGAGUAAAGUUAAUAAUCCCAAUCAACAAUCGAAUCAACAAUCUGGUCCGCCAACGUCUCAAUCAAAUAACCCACCACAAGGGAAUCAGAAUAAUAACCAAUGGCCUCAGGGAAAGUCUAAUAAUCCAGGUGCUCUUGGGCAGAAUCCGUCAGUGCAAAGUAACAACAGCGGUAGCGUUCAGCAGCAGCAAUCUUCCGGUUCGAGCACCAAUACUAAUCAACCCAACAAUCCUGCUCAAGGGACUGUCAGCAUCGGUAAUACUGCAGCGGCUAAUAAUCCAUCUACCAAACAGCAACUCGAACAACUUAAUACCAUGAGAGAGACACUCUUCAGCCACGAUGGAUGGGGUUGUGUAAGCCAAAAUGUGAAUCAAGACACGACCUGGGACGUGCCGUCAUCUCCCGAGCCAAGCAUGAGCAAGGACGGCGUUCCAAUCUGGAAACCUCCAGUGAACAACGGCACCGACUUGUGGGAGGCGAAUCUACGGAACGGGGGUCAGCCGCCGCCUCAGCAACAGUCGAAAACGCCGUGGGGUCAUACUCCGGCAACGAAUAUCGGUGGCACAUGGGGCGAGGACGACGAAGCGGCGGAUUCCUCUAACAUGUGGACCGGCGCACCGACACCAUCGCAGCCGAGCGCCGCUCAGUGGACCGGUGCUGCCGGUAAUCAAGCCGGGUCCAAUUGGGGUGAUCCUAGAAUCGAUCACAGAGACCCGCGGGAUCUGCGCUCCGUAGAGAGCGUAAGGGAGAUGCGUGAUCCCCGGGAUCACCGUAUGUCCCUGGAUCCCAGAGAUCAUAUGCGCGUGAUGGACCCUAUGGCACGCGAUCCACGAAUGGCCGAUAUGCGUGGCGACCCGCGCGGGAUAUCGGGGCGACUGCAUGGCGUGAACGCCGACGCGAUGUGGAAUCAGCCACCCGGACCGCCGCAUCAUCAGAUGGGUCAUCAACAUCCAUCCGGACCGCCGGCGAAAAUGCUCAAUCCGUCGAACAUGAAUCAGUGGGCCGCGCCACCUCCGAAAGACAUCAUGCCUGGCAAACCUUCUGGCUGGGAGGAGCCUUCACCACCGACACAACGACGCAACGUGCCCAACUACGACGACGGUACUAGUCUCUGGGGAAAUCCAGGCGCAAAUCAACGGGCUAUGCCAGGUAGUAAAGUGUCCCACUGGAAGGAUUUGCCUACGCCGAACUUGGCUCGUGGAGGCAUGCAGUGUCCACCGGGAAUGCCCCAGAACAGGAUGCCAGGUCAACCUGGAAUGAAACCAGAUGUUGGUAAUCCCAUGUCGUGGAGUCACCCAGGAGCUCCUAGUAGUCGCAACGGAACCUGGACGGACGGUCCGCAUGAUACCGCAUCAUGGGACGAUCCCAAGACGCCGGCAACGUGGAAUGAGCCUCAGUUGAAUCCAGCCUGGGGAGGCCCGACCGCGCACAAACCAAAACCUAUGGGGCCCGCUGGUAGCUGGGCUGACUCCGACAUGGACCCGACUCCUAGCUGGGCGCAUCCUGCCAAGCCGACUCUAACCAAGGAAAUUAUAUGGAACAGUCGCGAAUUCCGACAUCUCUGCGAAUUAGGAUUUAAGAAAGAAGACGUUGAAGUGGCUCUGAGAAGUCGUGAGAUGAAUCGUGACGAGGCACUGGAACUCCUCAAUCAGCUGCGUCCUCUGUCUGAUCAGUGGAGACGUCACGACACACACUCUGGUUACGAUCCAACGCAUCAAGCAACCACGGCGCCUGCCUACCCUCGAUUCAAUCAUGUGGCACAGCAGAUGUCAUUUCCACCGGGCGGCGGAGUGCCCAGCGGGGCAGCAAGUGGGGGCGUAGGUGGUUCUGUCACCAGUGCUAGUCUUCUCAAGCUUCAGCAACAGCAACAGCAGCAGACAGCUGUUCCGUUACAGCAACAGCAGCCAAGUACCAAUGCACCACAACCCCCCUUUAACCAGACCUCUCGUGCAUCUCAGAACCAACCAAGCACGCAACAACUGCGUAUGCUCGUCCAACAAAUACAAUUGGCUGUUCAUGAAGGAUAUUUGAACCAUCAGAUCUUGAAUCAACCAUUAGCGCCUCAAACAUUGAUAUUGCUGAAUCAGCUCUUGCAGCAGAUCAAAGUCUUGCAGCAACUGCAUCAGCAGCAUGCUGUCCAGAGCACGAUGAAAGGCAACAAUCAGUCGGCCUUGCAAAUCAAUGUGCAAAUUACAAAGACCAAGCAGCAGAUUACAAAUUUGCAGAAUCAAAUUGCUGUGCAGCAAGCAACGUACAUGAAGCAGCAACAGCAGCAUCCAGCUCCUCCGUCUCAGGCAUCGGAAUACUACAAAUCGUCGGUGCACGAUCCUAUGUCGGCUUUGCCAAAUAGCUUCAGCGAGUUGACAAUGAACAAGGAACCUCCAGUAAGUCAACAACAGUCAAGAUUAAACCAGUGGAAGUUGCCGUCGCUCGACAAGGACGGUGAUUUAGUAUCGAAUGAAUUCUCCCGUGCACCUGGAACUACGAGCAAGCAGCCAGCAACGCCCGGCGGUCUGACGCAGUCACACAGUAGUCCGAACAUGAAUCCGCUGUUAGGACAAGGCGACGGCACUUGGUCUUCUCGGCUCGGGGAUAGCGGCUGGCCUGAUCCAAGCAACAGCGAUUCUACGGACGGAAAAGAUUGGCAACCAGGUGGUGCCGCGUAUACAGAUCUAGUGCCGGAGUUUGAACCGGGGAAGCCAUGGAAGGGUACCCAGAUAAAAAGUAUCGAGGAUGAUCCUAGCAUCACUCCUGGCUCCGUCGUGCGUUCGCCGUUAUCUCUGGCUACUAUCAAGGAUCCCGAUACGAUUUUCUCGUCCAGUAGCAAGACAUCUCCACCUCCGCAGGCAGCCAAUCCUGACACGUCGAUUCCAAGUCUGAGCAAUUCUACAUGGACGUUCAAUCCACCGGCGACCACACCUAGUGCAUUUACUAGCACUACCAAAAAUACAUGGGGAGAAUCCGCUCCACCGCCGACUGCCGUGACUUCGGAGCUCUGGGGUGCGCCAAUGAGCAAAGCACGUGGUCCGCCUCCUGGUCUGAACAGUAAAGGAGCUACGAACGCGAGCAAUGGGUGGGGAGCUGGUCUGGGGAGCGUCAGUAGAUCUUCUAGCUCGUGGGGUCUCCAAUCGUCCACGGUUAGCAACUCGGGUUGGAUGUCCACCUGGCUUCUGCUGAAGAAUCUUACCCCGCAAAUCGAUGGUUCUACUCUGAAGACACUGUGUAUGCAGCAUGGACCUGUUCAAGACUUCCGCUUAUAUCAGAAUCACGGAAUCGCUCUGACGAAAUAUUCCUCUCGCGACGAAGCAAUCAAGGCACAAGGAGCCCUAAACAAUUGCGUCCUGGGUAACACAACGAUAUUUGCCGAGUCGCCCGCGGAGAGCGAGGUGCAUACGAUCCUGCAGCAGCUCGGCCACGGCGGACAGCAGCAGGCUGGUGGUUCUGGCGGGGCCGGCUGGGGCCUUAGACCAACUAACAAGGCUGGCCCACCGCCCGACACAUGGGGAGGUAGCUCCAGUCAACUCUGGGGCGCCCCGCCCACCAGCAAUUCCCUGUGGAGCAAUGCGGGGAUAGACAACAGUGACCAGCAACGAGCAACUCCCAGUUCUCUCAACUCGUACUUACCCGGAGAUCUUCUGGGAGGUGAGUCGAUGUAGAGAGCGAGAGGCCAUCCGCCCGAAAUCUCGUCAGAUAAAUGAAAACAAAAAAUUCACUUGCUUUGUGACGCAAGUCCCAAAGAUGCAGCUCGGCUGAUGCAUAUUUCGUGAUCGAAUGCGUAUUACUUCCCUCCCGAUCCCCGCUUCUUAUCCUUCUAAGAUUGCACGAUUACAUUUUGUAUAAGUAUUAUCACGUAUUGUCUUUGGAUAGAGUCAGUAAGGUAUGUCCACUUGUCCCCUGUAUCUUCUGUGGAGAAUAGUGAGAAGAGACGAAGAUGAGAGGCGUGUGAGAGGAAGUGGGAGAGGGAGGGAGAGCUGAGAAAGUGAUAGAAGGGUGCGAAAAGGAGAAAGACAAUGAGAUGGACGAGGUCUUCACGAAACGUCAAUUAUAUUGCUAGUAAAUGCAAUUACUGUAACGAGUUACUUAACAAAAAAAAAUUAUUACCCUCGUAUAUCCGCCUUCAGUAGAACACGCGUAAGAAGAAAAAAAAAGAAAAAAAGAAAAAAAAAGAAAUCGCAGUACGGCGUACGGCCAGAUCGUGCGAUAGAUAUCUAAUUUUACAUGACAAAACUACACAUAACACACAUAACACACACAUAACAUACUCAUUAAAUAACAAAAAAAAAGAAGUAUGCGAGUACUUUUUAAGUACGAAUUUUUGCGGUCGCGUCUUAUUCUGAGAAGAAUGCGGAAGCUGUAGAAGAUCAAGUUGGACCAAUCGCAACGAUCUUUUCGUCGACUUGUUGGAGCGUGCCGAUUCAUCACGAUGCAUACAACGACGAAAACGGCGUUCUUGUUGUUCCAAGCCGAUCCAAUAAGCGUGUAUUUCUAAUCCGAAGAUAACGUAGAUGAAGAAGACGAGAAGAAAAAAAAAAGAGGAAAGAGAGAUGACUAUCUGCGUUCUCCAUCGUUUUAUUACGGGGAGAGGAUGCUUUCCAAUGAAGAUUAAACGGCCGAGGGUCUCUGAUCAGGUCAAAGAGUGUUCCAUUUUUGCUAGACAGUUCCGAAGACUGCAGCGAGUAUCAAAUGUAGACUGUAUCAAUCUAAUCAAAAGAAACAAACCUUACAAAAACGAGCAUUGGCGUCGCUGCCUGGUGUUCUGUCCCGACUCUUCUCCCCACCCGCCUUUCCCUUACUGCAUAUUUCUCUGGAUCCCCACGGAUGUGGAAGAAACGAGGAAUGAAGGGAUAUCAGAUCAACUGGGCAACGACGCAACGAUACCAAAUGUUAUCGCAAUAACGUAAAUUUUAUUCUAUAUUAAAUCUAGAUGCCACCUGUCGUGCCAAUGUCAAGUGUGUCUCUUUACCGUUUAUUAACGUAGGAUUUAAAUGAAGAAGAGAAGCGAGAGAGAAGAUAAACUGGAGAGUGGGAAAGAUGGAAGAGAACGGCGAGAUGAGGAUUCGCGAACGGAGCGUUGGGAAAGACCGUGGGGCGUUUCGAACGAAACGAGGUGGUCUAACGAACCUACCGAGAAUCGGAUUUACAUUAUAAGUAAAUGUAUGAAGAUCAGUAAUGAGAGAGAGAGAGAGUACAUUGCGCGUACUGCAAUUAGUACCAGUACCAGUAGUGUAAUUACGCUUCUCGUUAAUGGUAUUCGGACGAGGAAUCGCAACGGGCCGCGUAAGAUAUCGAUACGAGUGGUGAUGAUGAUGAUGCUUAUACGAAUGGAUGGCAUUUAUUACGGGCGCAUACUACUUGUCAUAUGGAGAGAGAGCUCGGUCUAAGAUGAAUUUAAAUUAGUUUUUCUCUCAACGUGUGUGUCAAAGGUACCUGAACGGACUGAUAACCAAACGACGAACAAGCGAAUCGUUAUUUACUCAUGCACAACAGUUUCCUUUUUAUCUUUCUGCUUCUCCGUGUCGGCGGGGCGUCUGGGAACAUUUUUGCCAUCGAUUAUCGGCGCAACUGCGAUCGACGUGAAAGAGAUGACUUUCUUUCCUUCGUGAACCAAGAACAAGAAACUAGAGAGAAAGAGAGAAACAAAACAGAAAGAAAAUAGAAGGAAGAAACAAUCACACACAAGACGCUGUUAUCAUAGCGAGACAGCGACGCGCGCAAUAAAAGUGAACAACUACAUACACACACGCUGAUUACACACGUUUGCCACGCAUGGACCUGCAUGCCUGCAAAUGUCGAACACGCCAAGCUGAGGAAACGUACAUAGUAGCAUUGGUCGACGAUGACUCCGCCGCUUCCAUACGAUCGGUCGAUCCUCGCGGACGCCGGACCAUUACAAUCUUUGGCGUACCAGUAAAUCAAAACAAUAUUGGGAAUUUUUAUAUCUUUUGCCUUCCAAGGGAGAGUGGAAAAAAAAGGACGAGGAAGAAUACUUUAUAGGAGAUAUCAUCAAAAAGCAACGUCUCUCGCGAAGUAUAUGUGACACGGGGGAAAAUUAGUAUAUAUUGAGUCUCUGAUGUAAAUGCGCGAUAGAAUCCGCGUGGUUCCGCCGGUCAUGUCGCCUCGAUUCUGUCGGCCAGUGUUGUUACGUAAUGCUUAAUUUUAAUAUUUUCGUAAGGGCGCAUUAUAUAUAUAUAUAUAUAUAUAUAUAUAUAUACACACAUAUAAAAGGUAUUUAUAAUUAUCGCACGUAGAUAAAAAGUCCAAGUAUUGAAAAACGAUACGGUACGAUUUAUGUCGACUGUACAAUUGCCUCCGUUGCAAAACAAAAGAAAAAAAGGAUAAGAAAGUAGUGUGGAAGCGCUGCUUAUGAGAACUGUUCUGUACAUAAUUGUAUCAUACUCCCCGAGAAAAGGUUGCGACGCAAGUCGAAAGAUUGAAUUUACAAAUGGAGCGUUUAAUAAAAUCAUAAAUGCAGAGUGGAACAGUAUUUUAGAUCGACGAGAGUAAUUGCAUAAGUUUUAUUAUCGAUUCUGUCUGUUGUAUGCAUCUAUUCCAUCUAAUAGAUUCCAAUUUAUCGUGCACUUUCUUUUAAUUAAGUUGACGUAUUGAGAGGGACAAAAGUAAGCUUCUCAUUGCAAUCGCAUUGAAGAUUCAAGUCAUGACAAAUCUCUCGGACAGGAGAUGCGAAGGAUUUACGUGUAAAUUUUCUAAAGAAAUCGAAUUCAAUGAUAACCUGCUCUCGGAAGUGCGAUACAUAUAUAAAUAUCCUAUAUAUUAUUAUAUUGUAUACAUACACAAGCAGACCUGUAUAUGCAUACCUGUACACAUACAUAUAUGUAUGUAAUAUGUAUAUGUAUGGUUAACGCAUUCAUGUUUUACUUAACAAAGUAUAGCGAUAUGCGGGAAAGAGAGGAUGUGGAAGUGCGAGAAAGUUACUAGGUAUAAGGACAAUUAUAUGAUAUAGCAUUAUACUACGAACUUAUGAUACUAAUAACGAGGCCACAACGUGAAGUUUGUGUGUGAAUUAGUCUGUUAUUCCUCACGAAUUAACUACUUUGAAAGAUAUCGAUUACAAGCUGCACUGGAAUGGCGUUCUAAUGACUUUCGAGUAAAUCAUAAGACUUAGAUGUAAGUGUCCGAACACACGUAAAUGUAUUCAUGUACCAUAAGCCAGCUAGAGACUGUGAGAGAGGAAAACAGAGGUAGGGAAGAGUAAGAAAACGAGUUAUGAAUAGGCAGAGUACGUAUAAAAGUAUCGGUAUCUGCGAGAAAGGGAAACGGGAGCACAGAGCAAGAAACGGAGGAACGGAGAGGAA